AAACCCAGAGACUAUGCAAUCCCUUUUUUUAUUGAAUCAAACUGCCUUCCUUUGCAGUCUUUGUUCUUUCAACAGUUAAGCUAUUUAAUGUAUGACGUUCAUGCUAAGACAGCUCCUAAAAGUCUUCUCGAUAAGUUUGCGAAAAUCAAUACAGAACAUCAUUAUAAUACGCGAUUAUCUGCAAAAGAAUGCUUCUCUGUCAAAUUCUCUAGAACUGAAAAAAUGAAAAAAUAUUUUACUAGAAUCGGUGUGUCUAUUUGGAAUUCUAUUCCACUUUCUGUUAAGACUCUCAACGUUUCUAAUUUUCGUAAAAAAAUUAAAUCACUACUCCUUAAUGUUCUAGAUAAUGAAGAUAAUUAUUUGAAUGUUAAUUUUUUAAUAGAAUAUUUUGUGAAGUUAACCUGA